UCCCACUACACGAUAAAAAAGUCACAGAGGGAACAUGCGAGCGGCCAACUAUAUAUAUCACCCUCGUUCUCUUUCCCAUCUUCAGUGUGAGCCAAACCAAAUUGAUCACUUUAUCCAAGCCCCUCUGUUUUCCCCCAACCAAACCCAAUUUUUUUCACUCACACCACUAGUCUAAAACAGAACUCCUCUGUUUCUCCCCUGUUCCUUUGGACCCUUCCAUUGUGGAUAACACAAAAAAAAUAAAAAAUAAAAUGUCUUACUCAAGUGUCUGUCAAGGGUUGCAAUCAAGUGUCGAACCCUGGCUCAUGGAACCACGUGUGCUUAAACUCAAGUUGGCUCCACCAGGGUCCAAAUCCAACAACACUUCCACACACUCUCCAGUGACUCCACCACCCAGCAACACAAACGAUGCACAUGGAAAAAACUGGAGUUUCUUUCAAUCUCUCUCCAACAUUUCUCAUUGCAAGGAGCCACAAAUUGAGAAUGUCUACGUCCACCCUUCUGUUAAGAGCUCCUCUUCAAUGCUCAGUGCAAAGAGCUUGGAACUAUGUACCGAAAGUUUAGGCUGCGAAACUGGUAGCAAUUCCAGUGAUAACACUGAUGACAUGUCUUUAUUUUUUUCACUUGAAAGUUGCCCUAGUUUAAGGAGCAACAACAACACUCCAGUAAUCAACAAAAAUUCUGAGUCUAAAAGAUUGAAUCGAGGUAGUACUUUUCCACCUCCUUUGACUUCAAUGGGAGGGGUCAGAGUUAGGUCUCAUCGUGAAGACGGUAGGCUUAUCUUGGAAGCUGUAACUUCCUCUUCUCCUCAACCCUAUUUUCAAGUUGAGCGCGGCGAUGGAAGGCUUAGGCUUCGACUUUUCGAGAGUGUGGCCUCAGCUUAUUAUGAAGAUGAUGAUGGAGUAGCUGAUGAUGAAGCCUUGAACCAAGAAGAUGCUGUGGUAGAAGAGGAUUUGGAAGAGUACAUUGGAAAUGCUGAGGAUGAGAUUGGUGUGACAAAGUUUGUGAGGCCAAGCAGGUGCAAGGAAAGUGGGAAAAGAGUCAUUUUUGGCGAUGGAUACUUUGAGCAUUUCCCUCUUUCUCUUUGUCUCUGAUGAGGAAAAAUUAUUUGAUAGUCUCCAAAGUUUCUAUGGUAUCGAUCAAUCUUUACAUAGCUAGUAUCUGAGCAUAACUUAUUCUACUACUGUUAUCUAUCUUCUUUUUUUUUCUUUUUGCUGUUAGGGUUUUCGGCUUUAUGGAUGGAAGUUUGGUGCUUGAAAUUUCUGAAGGGUAGUUAUUAUAGUUAUUAGUUAUAUUGGAUGUCGUUCGUCUGUUCUCUCUCUCGCUCGCUUGUUUCUGCUUUUAUUUUAUUCAUUAUUAUACUCUUUGUGUUUCUAGAAAGCUCCGAGGCAUAAUUCCUUGAGAGA